AUGUCGCCUCGGCACCGCGUCGACACGAAGCGCACAACGUCUGGCAUGGACCAGCACAGCACCGAUCCACGACGACGGUCGUUGGGAUGGGGCAUGGCGUCGCUGCCACCGACGCAUGCACAUGCGAAGCGUCGAGACGUGUCCGUGGAAAGCGUGCUGAGCGAUUCGACCUACCCACGCACCGCCACCCAUGGCCCCUCGCGACGAGGGCCGGGGGGCAUCGAUACGCCACACCCGCCGCCGCUGGACGUGUUCGGCACGGAUCUGUCGAGGCUCGCGCAGGAUGAUCGAGCGACGCCCACGGGCCUGUUGGAGCUGGAUCCUGACACGCCGACCACGUCCGGGUCAGAGACGGACGAGCCAUGGCCGCCGCCGAGAUCUGCGUCCCACUCCUCGUCCGCGCGCCAGCCUCUAGCGUCGCGCCGCCGUGCCAGCUCCGCGCGGCCUGUGUCACACGGGCGUGGCGCAUCGCACCGCGCGUCAUGGCACUCGCGCGGCCCUCGUCCCAGGACAACGGGGGUGCAUGGCUCGCCCAUGGCGUUCUCAUCGCGCCCAUUCCGUACGAUACCGUCGUUCUCAAGCCCGCUUGCGCUGGCGCCCGUGCUGCCUGAGGACGAGGAUACCGCCUCGCCGUCGUCGUCGGGCUCUUCGUGGCGCGCGUCGUCCGACUGGACGCGACGACAUGCCGUCUUGGGCGCCGCGUCGCAAGGGCCACCAAGCCGACGGCCGCCUCGAUCCACGGGCCCGCAUGAGACCAAGUCGCCCUUCCUCCUACCGAAGCAUGCGCUGCAUCGCCGCGCUCACUCCGCGUAUGCCGUGCCGCGUGGUACGCUAUUGUGUGGCUCGCCGGUCGGUGGACCGGAGGGCAUAGAUCCAGGUUUGAUUGCCGCGAUCCAGCACGAUACACCUUCUCUCGCCUCCGCGCCGGCUACGAGACGCAGCAUAUCGCUCGCUCAGGUUUACGCGGCACCGACGACGCCCCCGUUGGAUGCCAUGCCCAGUCCGCUAGCAACGAGUCCUCGCAUCGGACGCGACACGAUCCGACUGCAGCGCAUGCCUCGCUCCGUCGCUAUGGCGAAUGACCCUGUGAUCCGACCGCCGUCACAAGCACGCGACGCCCCCGAGAUGUCGUCGCCCCUGCCGUCGCCUGUCGACGCCGACGGCAUGAGCCGACCUACGAUCUUGGGACUGGCGCUGGCCUUGCCAGGGCAUACUAGCUGGCAUGCAUCUGCGCCGCCGCCCGAACACACCGACGCUCUGCUGGAUGCGCGGAUCCUGUGCGUGUCUCGAGAGACCAAGAUGCGGCGCUGGCACCGCCAGCCACAGGGAUGGGACGAUGCCUGGCACCGCCAUGCGUCGACGCACGGCGGCCAACGUGCAGGUGCGCACUGCGACGCCGUCCGACAAUCGCUGGCCCAGCUGCAUACGUCGUCGGCCCAGUACGCGCGUCUGAACGAUGGCAUCCGCGUGACAUGCUCUCUGCCCGAGCUGCGCGCCUUGCGGCGCGCGAACGAUCCGCCGGCGUCCAAGCGCGACAUGGCGCCGCGCUCAAAGCCUCGCGUAGUGUCGGAAAAGGUCACGACGCAUCGUCGAACCAGGCCCAAGGCCUCGGUCGACGAUGCGUCCGCGACGCAGCGCGAAUGGCUGUGGGACGAGCUCGUGCGGGCCAAGGCCCUGUGCGAUGCGGAGCUCGACAAGACCCUCGCAGGUCUGCUGCGCUUGUCCGACGACCUGCUGGAUCCCGUGGAUCCCGAUACCACGAGCGUCGUCGUGCCCGUGGACGGGCCGAUGCCGCUCUCGCCGAUCGAGCGCCUGGCCUCGAUUGCCGCCGACAUUCGAUCGACCAAGCCCCACGCCCUGCUCGACCGCCCUCAGCUGUGCGUCAGUGCCGUGACGAGCGUGCAGUCCCUCGGCGCGAUAUGGGACGCCCACCCGCUCUGGCCGGGACGCGGCUGGUACGUCGAGCUGCUGCUGACCCUCGCGGGGCUCAGUCGCGUGCUGGGAUGGUGGAACGCCGAGCAACGCUUCUGGAGCGACGACGAGAUGCGGCCGCACAGCCAGCCUGUGAACGAGAGCAAGACGACCAGAUCGCCGAGUCCUGCGUCAUCGGACGCACCCAUGCCGUCGUCGAUCCUCCUCGAGCUCUCGCUGGACCUGCGCAUCGAGUUUGUCAGCACCGUAUGGCAGCGCAUCGUCGGGACAGAGCCAGCAAGCACGUACGGAGAACCCGUGUCGAGCGUGCUCGCCUCGGGCAAUGCAGCGCUGCUAGAACGAGCGACGCGGCAGCUCCUAGAGAGCCCGGGACACACGGUCGAAGUGGCUCUCGAUAUCGCUGUCGCCGGCACGCCGUCAGCGGACGACCCGCUGCCGAUGACCGCGCAGGGCAUGAUGGUGCAUCAUCACGGCACGCCGAUCCCAUCGCACACGAUGUGGGUCCUCCAUGCGCGACAGAAGCACGAGCCGUCCACGGGCGAAAUGCGUCAGGGCGGAGCGAUCGGCGGCAUGUCGUCCGACAUGGAGGCUGUCCCGACGGACCUCGUCUUGUGCCGCAUCUGCGAGAGCGACGUGCCUGCGUGGUUCUUUGCGAAGCACUCGGAAAUGUGCCAUGAGCUCCACCGCCUCGAAUUGUCGCUGCACACAUGCAACGAGACGCUGUGGGCCCUGAUCGAAGCCGCCUCGGCGGUGCGCACGACCUUAUCGCAAGGCGCGGUCGCGGCCGUGUACCGCGAUCACGAAGUGCGACUGGAUGCCGAGGCGGCUGCGCCGAUGCUGGAUGCGAUGCUAGACGGCCUGAACCGAGCCAUGUCCAUUUCCACGCCGCACCUGCCGGACGAUGCGAUGCUCACCGAGGGCAUGCGUCUCUUGUCACCGCGCAGUAACGGCCAUGUCCUGUCGCUCAAGACGUGGUCGUGGGACCGCGACACGACUGACACGGCCCUGCUUCUCUUGUACGAGGACGUAUCCGAGGCCAUUCGGACCAAGAUCCAUGCGGUGAACCGCAUGUGCAACACGAUGGUGUAUGUCGAGACAGUGCGGCAAGAAAGCGAAGACUUUGUGGCCUCUCUGAUGCAGGACGACCACGACGAGGCAGCGAAUACGACCCUGCACAUCCACGACGAGCCCGCGCAUCCACCGGUCAUUGUCGACACAGCCCCCGACGAAAUGGAAGACACACUCGCAGGCGUCAAUCAUCUUCUGCUCGACCCCAUCGACGAUGCGUCCGACGACGAUGCCUGGUCCGGUGCACAGCGUGCGCCGAUGACCAUACCGCGCUCCACGCUGCCGUCGAAUCCAGAGCUGCUGUCGACGCCGCCGCUCUCGCCCUACGUCUCCACGUCGAACGAUAGCAAGAGCCCACGUUUCGGCACGAGCGUCGGAAGCUUCGUCCCCAGCUCCCCACACGUCCUGCCGCCUGCACAGACGCGCGCCACAGCUACAUCGAUCCGCGACUUUGAGCUGCUCAAGCCGAUCAGCAAGGGAGCGUAUGGCUCCGUAUUUCUCGCCAAGAAACGGACGACCGGCGACAUCUUCGCGAUCAAGAUUCUCAAAAAGGCAGACAUGAUCGCCAAGAACCAAAUCACGAAUGUGCGUGCGGAGCGCAUGAUCUUGAUGAACCGCACACAGUCGCCCUUCGUGGUCAAGCUGUUUUUCACAUUCCAGAGCCCAGAGUACUUGUACCUGGUCAUGGAGUACCUCCCCGGAGGCGACUGUGCGUCGCUCGUCAAGACACUCGGAGCGCUGCCCGACGAGUGGGCGCAACAGUACCUCGCAGAAAUGGUGCAGGGGCUCGACUACCUGCACAGCACCGGCGUCGUCCACCGCGAUAUGAAGCCAGACAACUUGCUGAUUGAUCACCACGGCCACUUGAAACUCACCGACUUUGGCUUGUCCAAACUCGGCUUGCUCGGCCGCCAUCGGCCCACACCACACACCCCGUCCUCCGCAGGCGACCUGCCCUCGACCUGGGCCGCCUCACGCCCUGGAAGCGCACGACUCUCGUCGCCCGUGCCCUUCACUCAUGUGCCGGACGCGGCGCUCGGCAUAUCGCCCAUGUCCGACUCACCUCCGCAGACGGAGCAGUUCUUCCGCAGCAUGUCCCAGGGCGACUCCAACGGACGCAUCGUCGGCACACCGGACUACCUGGCCCCAGAAAGUAUUCUCGGCGUGGGCAUGGACGACUUUGGCGUGGACUGGUGGGCCGUCGGCGUGAUUCUCUUCGAGUUCUUGCAUGGCUACCCGCCCUUCCACGCUGAUACCCCGGCUGAUGUAUUUGACCGCAUUCUCUCGCGUCAGAUCGCGUGGGACACGGAUAUUCCUAUCGCCCCGGACGCUUAUGACCUGAUGAAUCGCCUCAUGUGCAUGGACCGAAAGCAACGCCUCGGAGCGAACGGCGUAGAAGAGAUCAAGACGCACCCCUACUUCCACGGCAUCGAUUGGGCGCAUCUGACAGACACCGACGGUCCCUUCGUGCCGCAGCUCACCGACAUGGCAUCCACGGACUACUUCGACGCUCGCGGCGCCGUGCCGCAGUUGUGGCACGAUGAUCACGCCCGGAGCUCCGUCUCUACCGAUCCGAGUGCGGUGGGCGGCGAGUCCGUCUCUAGUGGCUCUGGCACACCGAACGAAUUUGGCGCCUUUAGCUACAAGAACCUCCCCGUGCUCAAGCAGGCCAACGACGACAUGCUCCGUCGGAUCAGGAUGGAAUGCGCCCACGGCUCGCCGUCGUCACCAGGCGCGAGCAUUUCGUCCGGCAGCUCUCACCAGCUGCCCACAACACCCUCGUCCGCGAAGCCACAGCGGUCGUGGUCAGAUCGCUCACGUGUGCGUGUAUCUUCCGCCAUGUCAUCGCAUUCUGACGCCUUGAAAUCCGUACAGCGCCACAUCCUGCUCGCCGACGUGAAUCCCGUCUCGCGCCAAGUGCUCCAGACCAUGCUCCACAGCAUCGGUGCACAGACCACCAUGGCCACGGACGGAGCAGAUCUCGUGCAGCUCGCGAUGGGCGAUACGCUCUAUGAUGCCAUCUUCAUCCGGCUCGGGAUGCAUGGCAUCGAUGUGCAGGACGGCGCCCGUAUGAUCAAGUCCACACGCAACAUGAAUGCUCACACCCCCAUCGUGGCCAUCAUCUCCGGCCACACCCACAUUGACGUGGCCGGCAGCGUCUUUGAUGCCGUGCUACCGCUUCCAAACUCACCCUCGUUCAUCUCCCACCUCCUCACGUCCCUCCAGCACGAAUCGUCCUCCUCCACCCACAUGCUGGACGAAGCCACCAACAUGGCCCUCGCCCAAUUGGCUUUGUAA